AUGGCUGAAUUCAUUCAGCAAGACCUGGUAAACGAUCGCAAUACUCGCUGGCGUAUAAGGUCACAGGCCGCCAAGAAUUCACGGAACAGAAGAAAACCUGCACAGAACAAGGGGCAGGAAAGGUCCACACAAAUUGCGAACCAGGGGACGAAAAAAGUGCCAUCGCCGGUCGACUCGGCCUGUUCCAUAGAGCAAAGUAUGGAAGCUGCGACAGACGAAGCAGAUGGUGAUGCCCGCCCUGGUCGGACAGCUGUGCUGGCACGGCUGAAAUCCGAGCCUAACAAUAUCCACAUGCGUCGCUCACACUUACGGGACGCGCUGGUCAAUACCUAUUACAGCACUACUGUGGUUCAUAUGAAUCGACAUUUCCUAGACGCUUUUCAUGACGGAGCGCCCAAAGGCCCCGUCUUUGACGCUGCGAGGGACGCACUGAGUCUAAUACACCUAGGCACACAAUCGCAAGACCAGCAGCUAGUCGUAGCAGGACAAAAGUUGCACUGUAUAGCUCUGAACUUGCUGCGAACAGAGCUCGGCAAGGCUGGUGCAACUCAUGACGAUCGGGUUCUCGGGGCUGUCCACACUAUUGCGCAAUGCGAAAUGUACAGUGCCAUCUCUGGUAAAGGCAAAGGCUGGCAGCUUCACAUGGCGGGUCUGUAUUACAUCUUUCAGCAUCGAGGGCCGCACGGUUUCAAGACACCCUUCGCGAGAGCUAUACUGCACAACAUUCGGCAAGCUGCCAUUACCUAUCAACUGGUCGAGCGCAGAUCAACCUUCCUGUCUUCACCGCAGUGGCUAUCAGCCAUCGAUUACGGCGAUUCUGCAGCUGUAGAGCUCACACGCAUCGCGUUACGUCUAUCGGCAGUCUUAGAGGAAGCCAACCAAGUGAUUCGAGAGGGGCAUAGCAAUCUUGUCUUGUCAAGACACCUGCUCACGAAGAUGUCCGAUCUUGAACACAACCUGGUCGAGUGGUUAUCUGAGAAAGUGCAGAACCUCCGAGGCUGGGUCCCACCCCAACUGGUCAGCAUAAAGGAAUUCCGCCAUCUCGAGAAGAAUAUCAGCGAUCCCAAGGUGUUUCCAGAAGUAUUCACCUUCACUGGUCUGCCGACCGCAACGAGCCACGUCUACGUUUUCGUAUGUUUCCUCUCGCUAUGGCAAUGCCUUCUGGAUGUCAGCGUAGCCUUUCCGCAUCUCAACAUCGAUCCCACCGCGGUGGCUCGCGAGGCUGAACAGUGCGCUGAUGACCUGUGCAGGACGCUGCCGUACAUAUCUAUGCCGGAACACGGCUUCGCGGGAGUUAUUGCAAGCACGGCGCCGUUGCAUUUUGCUUCGGUGUGGUUUGAGCGGAAGAAGAUGUUGCCACGGCUGCAAUGGUGCAACAAUGUGAGAGACUAUAUGGAGCAAACUGGGCCGACAGAACUGAAUUUGCGACGCCCUAUUUUGACGUGGUGGAUGCUUCCUGGCGCUUUCGACUGA